AUGCCCAUCCGGGCCCACUGCACCAUCUGCUCCGACUUCUUCGACAACGAGCGGGACGUGGCGGCCGUGCCCUGCGGGCACACCUUCCACCGCGCCUGUCUCAUCCAGUGGUUUGACACAGCACCAAGCCGGACUUGCCCGCAGUGCAGAAUUCAGGUCAGCAAAAGACACAUCAUCAGUAAGCUGUUUUUUGAUGUUGCCCUGGAGGAGCAGGCAGCACCAGAUGCAGAGACCUUACAGAAUGAACUGGACAAGGUGAAGGCUCAGCUCUCCAUGAAAGAGAAAGAAAAGCGGGAAUGCCAGGCUCUUGUGGAUGGGCUGAGGGACGCUCUGGAUGUGCGCAAUGCCACAAUAGAGUCGCUCCAGAAGGUGCUGGGAGAGACAGAGAUGCUGUGCUCCUCUCUCAAGAAGCAGAUGAAAUUCCUGGAGCAGCAGCAGGAGGAUAACAGAAGUUCAAAGGAGGAGGCCCGCCGUCUGCGAAACAAGCUGAGAACCAUGGAGCGGAUUGAGCUGUUGCUUCAGAGCCAGCGCCCCGAAGUGGAGGAGAUGAUCAGAGAGACGGGAGUUGGGCAGGCAGCAGUGGAACAGCUUGCGAUCUACUGUGUCUCGCUGAAAAAGGAAUAUGAAAAUUUGAAGGAGGCUCGAAAGAUCUCUAGUGAGAUGACGGAGAAGCUGAAGAAGGAGCUGUUUUCUGUCAAUAGCAAGCUGCAUAAAAAUGUUUCAGAGUUGGAGAAGACAAAGGAGGAGUUAAAAAGUACCCAGAAGGAUCUGAAGAAUGCAGACAAGGAGAUCUUGAGUUUGAAGAAAAAGAUAGACAUCCUGCAGGAUACUCUGAAGGUCCCAUCUGUAACCAGAGAGACACUCAGUCGACUAGUCUUUGAAAGCCCUGCUCCCGUAGAACUGCGGCACCCGAAGCUCCACCGUCCGGCCCACAGUGAUGAGAUCAAUCUGGAUGCUACUUUUGAUGUGGACACCCCUGAACACGAGCCCUGCAGAUCUCUCUUCAACCCUGCAAAAAGGCAGAAGCUGGAUAAAAAGCCACUUCCUGUGGUAAAUCUGGCAAAGAAAGUUCUGAAGGAAACAGUGGAGAACUGGGCAGAUGAUCUGGAGGAUGAUGCUCUUAAAGGACUCUUGCCAGCAUUCAUCAGGAACUCUGUUCUCUCCAAGAAGCCAGCUUCGGGUAGCUUGCUGGGUCCCCACAAGAACACGGGCACUGUGAGAAUGGGAUACGAUGGCUUGGGAGGCAGAACAAAGUUCAUACAGCCUACAAACCUGGCAGAAAUCCGCCCAUUAGCAGCGAGGAGCAAGAAGAAGAAUGUCUCCAGGCCGGCGUCUGCAGCAUCCUUGGCAUCUUCCUCCAGCAGCAGCCAAGCCAGACUGGACAGUUUCCUGCAGUGA